GCGUAACCCCCUACGCACUCCGCCUCACUGUGGGAGAGGUGUUUCCGCCAAGAUGGUUGUCGGUGCCUUCCCCAUCGCCAAGCUCCUCUACCUCGGAGUGAGGCAGAUGAGCAAGCCUGUUGCGAACCGAAUAAAAGCUGGGGCCCGUAGGAGCGAGUUCUUUAAAACCUACAUCUGCCUGCCGCCGGCGCAGCUUUAUCACUGGAUUGAGAUGAGAACGAAGAUGCGCAUCAUGGGCUUCAAGGGUGCCACCAUCAAGCCCCUGAACGAGGAGGCUGCAGCAGAGCUGGGGGCAGAGUUGGUGGGCGAGGCGAUCAUUUUCUUCAUCGGCGGCGGAUGUAUGGUGUUGGAGUACGGCAGGCAGGCUGCCAACGCUCGUCGAAAGGAGGAGGAACUGAACGAGACCAUCGUGAGCCUGCAGACUCAAGUAGCAGAGUUAUCACUAUCGACAGAGACUCUCGGCGCUCAGCUGAGAGAGGUCAACAGGCUGCUGCUCUCCUUUCCUGGUCCCGACAAAAAGUGACUGGAUGUUCCCUGUGCAGUGCAGAGUAUUGUUAGCCUAUGUGUGUGUGAAGGAGUAAAAGUGCACCAAAUCAAUAGUGAUGUGUACAGCUUGAUUCUACCUUACUCCAAACACUGACCCCUGCUGCAGAGCUGGGAGGAGAAGGUUGGACCUCAGUGCACUGUGGAGCUAUCAUUUGCUCAUGUUUUGAGCAACUAAUUGUAAAUUGCAUUGCUAUGAUAUUCAUAGUAAAAUUCUAUGGUUGACUUUGCAUGCUUAUUAUAAAGAUUACUUUGCAUAAGGACAUAGAGCACCAUACUACCUUGAAGUUAAUUAUCUUUUGCAGCUCCUGUAAAGUUGAUCCAUUGGUCCUGAUAGUAGAACAUCAUUUGGGAACUUUAAUGUUUUUUGGCUUGAGUGAGUAGAAUCCUACACUUUUUAUGGGCUUUAAAAACACAACCAGACAUAUCCAGACAUUAUUUUUUUGAUGCAUCUCCUGCUAUAGUUUCAAAGAGAUUCUACUUGUGAUCGAUGGCCACUGUAAUCAGUUUGUAAUUGUUGCUGGAAAAGCGAAGGUGUGAAAUAAAAGUGUUAAUUCGU